AUGUUUCGAGCCACACUCAGAAUAGACACCAAAGAUGGUCGCAAGGCGGAGUUUCAUGGAGUGAUUCAUGCCAAGAGAAAUAACCAGAUUAAACAAAAUGAACAUUUCAAAGACGAGAGGAACAUCAACCUCAAGAUGUCAAGAAGAGUUGAAGUGAUCAUAAACUCUCCGGUGCAACUGGAACAGUCUGCACCACCGGUGUACAUCACCGAAUCAAAGCCAGGUGACCAUCCGGGCGUGCUCGGAUUCCUGAAAAUCAACCCAGCAGUUCUGGGGUGGCUGGAGAUUCUGGCAGGUGCUGUUGCGUUUGGACUCGUGUUUUGGAAUUAUGAACGUUGGCUUUUAAUACCAGUUUCCUAUUUACUUUUGACAGGAUUAAUAACAGCCACAGCUGCAUGCACCCGCAAUGCAUGUCUGGUCAUCGCCGCACAAGUUUUAAACCUGCUGAAUAUCUUCAGUGCUUUGGCUGUCCUCAUGGUGUUCUUCCUCUUGUUCUAUAUAAUGUUUACUAUCCGUGUGUAUUUAGCUCGUUCCAUGGGCUCGGCGGACAUUGCCUUUGUGGUCUGCAAUAUUCUGGCAGUCAUUUUGUCUCUUAUCAUCUUCUCAACAUCGUGCUGCUGGUGUAAAUCGAGAAAACGUCUCAUGAUCAUUCAAAUGAACACAGUGCCAGCUGCAGUGCCCAAUGACACCGUGGACCAUCCAGAACCAGUGUUAGUUGUGACAUCACCGCCAGCUUAUAGUCCAGUUCCAUCUUCAGAACCACCAGCCUAUGAGGAUGAAAGACGUUCAUUGGUCACUGUACCUUCUGCUCCAGUGUGGACAUCAAAGAGAUGGAAAGAGGAUCUGCAUCGCAGCCGAAAACCCAUCCAAGUGUAAAGAAAGAAAUUGACGUCUAGACAAAUACAAUUUCUAUGCUCUAAAAUAGAGCUGCAAUUCACUGUAUUUUACAAGGCUCAGUUAUCGGCAUUAACAUGAUGGACCAUCUCUGUUUGUACUAAGAGCGUCACUUUAUGAAUGUCAUACUUUUAUUGUACUUUCAAGUGCGGCUCGUUUACAGUGGCGGGUAGUGCAGCGCCCUCUGUUCAAAGCAUAGAACCGUACUAUAACCCACAUAACAGGGAACAACUUUAUUUUUAAGGUUUGGAACAAUUGUUGUAAAUAUUAAUGGAAUGUUAAUGGAGCAUUUUCAUGUUUCCACAACCACAAUGUAACGUUUGGAAAAUGUUUUAAGAACAUAAAUCUGUUAGCUGGGGAACUGCCAAUAAUGUAAUUUGUUUGCCUGUAAAUGUGUUCAAAAUGCAGUCGUGUAUUUAAAAGCAUGGCUAGUGUAAGUUUUUGUCUUAUUUUAGUAGCUGAAAGCUUCGUUACACAGUGUUUGAUGUGGAUAUACGAGCAUGUGGUGCAGAGAUCUGCUGAACUCCACAGCGCCCCCUCAGUGUAUCCAAUGGAAAUCUGUGGUCAAAUACGGUACUGCAACGAGCCCUCAUUGAGACCCAUUGAAAUAAAUCUGCCCAUAAACAUAGUGCCAAACCAAAGGUAACUUUAGUAUUAGUGCACGCCAGCCUGAACAUGGCGAGCGCUAUCGUUAAA